UCCAGCGAGUCCUCAUAUGUUUCAACGUGCGUAUUCUCCACACGCACACACACAGCGAGGAAACGUGUGCAUCUGCGUUUUUAUUUUCCCCAAGUGUUAUUUCAUUUUAGUUUUCUAUUCAAUCUAUUAGUAUUUUGUUAUACUAAAUAUACAGACAUGGCAGCUCCAGAGUAUAAUUUUUUACUCGCGACGGAUUCAUACAAGAUCACACACUACAAGCAGUAUCCUCCAGACCUCAGCAAAGUCUAUUCUUACUUCGAGUGCCGGCGCAAGAUAGGAGCCCAGUUCAACGAAGUGGUGUUUUUCGGCCUGCAGUACCUUCUGAAGAAAUAUCUCGCAGGAUGCGUGGUCACAGAGGAGAAGAUCCAGGAAGCUAAAGUUUUUUACCAGAUGCACUUCAAGCAGGCGGUGUUUGACGAGGAGGGCUGGAGGAAACUGCUGGAGAGAUACGACGGCCGCCUUCCGAUCCGCAUCAAAGCCGUUCCCGAGGGGAAGAUCAUUCCCAGGGGAAACGUCCUGUUCACUGUCGAGAACACGGACCCAGACUUCUACUGGCUCACCAAUUACAUAGAGACCAUGCUGGUCCAAAUGUGGUACCCCAUCACCGUGGCAACCAUCUCCCGGGAGUAAAAGAUCCUUGCCAAGCAUCUGAAGGCCACGUCGGGAAGUUUGGAGGGGCUGGAGUUCAAACUGCACGACUUCGGCUACAGAGGCGUCUCCUCUCAGGAGUCUGCAGCGCUGGGCGGAGCCGCACACCUGGUGAACUUUUCCAGUACGGACACGGUGGCAGGAGUCCUCAUGGCUCAGCAUUACUACAGCUGCCCCAUGGCUGGGUUUUCUAUACCGGCUGCUGAGCACAGUACUAUCAUCUCCUGGGGCCGGAGCAGAGAGAAGGAGGCGUAUGAGUACCUGCUGGACCAGUUCCCGUCAGGCCCCGUGGCGGUGGUCAGCGACAGCUACGACAUCUUCAAGGCCUGUAAGCACAUCUGGGGAGAUAAGCUGAAGGAGAGAGUAAUGGAACGCAGCGAAGACUCCAGCCUCGUCAUCCGGCCUGAUUCAGGAGACCCCACAGAGACACUGCUGGAGGUGAUAAAGAUUUUAGAGGAGUGUUUUAGCUGUUCUCUGAACUCUAUGGGCUAUAAAGUGCUUCCAUCAUACGUGCGCAUCAUCCAAGGCGACGGGAUCGAUCUCUGCUCAGUCGAGACGAUCCUGAAGAAGCUCAACGACGAAGGCUGGAGCGCCGAGAACGUCUUCUUCGGCUGUGGAAGCGCCCUGCUGCAGAAGAUCAACAGAGACACACUGAACUGCGCCUUUAAAUGCAGCUACGUGGAGAAUAGUGGGAAGGGGAUGGACGUGUAUAAACAGCCAGUAACAGACCCAUCUAAGGGAUCAAAACGUGGGCGUCUGUCGCUGAGGAGAAACUCAGAUGGGUUUAUAGAGACAGUUGAACGAGGUGCAGGCAAACCUGAGGAGGACAUGCUCGUGACCGUGUUUGAGAACGGGACCAUACUAAAGGAGUACUCUCUGGACGAGAUCCGGAAGAACGCCCAGCUCUGGGAGGAGGACCUGAGCCUUGGGCAGCACAACCAGGACCACAGCGGCACGCUGGACAUCCACCAGGAACACAUCAGAAAUGGCUUGCACUAAUCACGGCGCCACCCUCUGCCCACCAACGGACCAAUCGAUCCCAUCAAACCCCAUUCUUUUCCCACGUAUCAUAUUCUCUGAACCGUGUUCUCAUUUCCCACAAUUCCUUCCGUGUCCAUACGGUCGGCGCAAAAGAGUCUCUGGAGUUUUUAUUUUUAACUUUCAAAUCGUGUUUUUAUCUUUUAGGUUUUUCCUAUAAAUAUACCAAAACGCUCGUUCAUACUGACAACGUACUAAUGUGGAAAGAACCACAUGUGGUGAACAUUAGCACUAAAUUUUAUUUGGGUGCUCGUGAAGUGAAACUACAUCCAGUUCAUCGUACAGCCAUUUAAAAUCGAACAUUUUAUAAUCUCUUUCCAUCGCUGUCUAAUUAACAUAUUUUCUUUUUUCAGAUAUUUUCAUUAUUUUGAAAUCGUGCUAUUGGUGCUUGUAGAACACACAUCAUUAGUGUAUUUACCAGCAGGGCUUUCUUUUUCUCUCUCAGAUUUUUCGCACGAUUUUGUUGAAUUUUUUUUUUCGAUGAAUGAAUCUUUUCUUUUUAUGCAGAUUUUACAAAUAAGUCAAUAAAGCCUACGCACCUAUAAUAGUGGUGCGGUAUGAAAUAUACGUAUGAACGCAGGGGAUACGGGAACACGUUCGCAUCGUUUUUUUUCCGAUUUCUCUCUCUGUCGGCGUUUGGUCAGCGAUCGUGAGCAGUAUGUGCACUAUUACAAAACCAUAUAUGCAGGAGGCUCUCUGGGUUUCUCUGUGGCACCCGAAUAGAUGAAAUAGAUUGGGGUAUAGAUGCUGCAUGAAAAGCGGCGGUUUCUAUAAAGCCACACGUUUAAUGACGUGUCUGAAUACGCUAAUGCGUCUAUGCACGUUGUGGAUGAAAAUGCACAAAUUUGUCCAUUUCUCAAAUUCGCCACAAAAAUGCCAUUAUUUUUCUGGGCCCCUGAGCAUGGCCCCUCAACCUCAUAGGUGCUCAGUUGUAUGAAUGAGAUAAACGUCGCUCUGAAUAAUGACGUCUGCCAAAUGUGGUGAAUGUCCCAGCAUUUAUUAGCAACAGAAAUUCUCCAAAUGUAUGAUUAUUUAAUACGUUUAAUACAAUUUUAUACUUAUUAUAAUAGUAAACAGUAAUAAUUAAUUGAUUAGGAAUGGAGAGACUCAAUAAUGAAUCGAUCCAGAAUUUCAUGUUUGAACCAAUACAUAGAAAUCAGCCUGUUAUAAAUUAGUGCAUAAGGAACACAGUGCAUUUUCAUCAAUAAUGUAUUUAUACGUGGUGCAUAACGCUUUAGGAAUGAAGACGCAUUAUAAAGGUGUGUCAUGUCGUUAAUCGUAAACGUGGCCUUUUAUAGAAAGUGUUGCUGGCCUUUCUUCCUCACACUAAAUCAGUAGAACUGAGAAUAACGUGUGUGUUUGUGUGUUUCACCAAGUCCUAAAACAGAGUGAAUUUUGGCAACAUGUUGCUCACACUGCCUUAACACUCACUCGGGGGUCUUGGGGGGUUUUUUGUGUAUUUUUUGUUCUUUUCUCUCUCUCUGUUUUUUUUUUUUUUUUGCUUUUGCACUAUCAAUUUCCCCCACGGGUGACUGCACGGUGCUUUUCAUUGUGUCCUCCAUCCAGCCCAAGUGUGCAUCAAGUGUGUUCCGGUCUGUUUGGUGGGAACGGCGCACUUUUCUCGUCGAUUCUGAACGUCGGAAAUGAAGCAGAUAUUGACCCUACCUCUUUUUUUUUUUUGUCACAAUAAUGCUGUUUGGUAAAA